AUGAGAAAUGAUGAUGAAGAUGAAAUAUUGCACACUGGUAGAUUGUUUAAGCAGUACUCAGUGGACGAUUAUAUAAAGCUUGAAAGUCAAAGAUUGGAUUUUGCUUCAUUUAAUGAGGAUCUAUUUAGGAUGGAUGUAUUACAAGGACUGCUCGAUAUUCUAAGACUUGGAGAACGAGAUGCAUCUAAUGUUGGAAAGAGAAGUUUCCUUCCAAGUUGGCCGGAAACUAAGGAACAUCGGUACGCAACAGAUGAGACACAGAGCAGGCCUGAUCUAAUUAGUCGCAUCUUCAGAUCCAAAGUUGAAGAACUGAAAAUAGAUAUAACCAAGCGGAAUUUAUGUGCUCUGAAGUACGGGGGGGCGCAGUAUUUAGAUAAUUCGUUGGUUGUUUCGUACAAUCCUUUCCUGCCUGAUAAAUUCAAUUGUCAUAUGAAUGUAGAAGUGUGCUCUGAUAUAAAAGUUGUGAAAUACCUUUAUAAAUAUAUUUGUAAAGGGCAUGACAAAAUUGCAUUCUGUGUGCAAGAUAGUGAUACAAACAGAAAAAUAGAUGAAAUAAAAGAAUUCCAAUCUGCUAGGUGGGUCUCGCCUCCUGAGUCUGCGUGGCGCUUAUUUGGUUUCUCCAUUAGUGAAAUGUCUCUAAGUAUUUCUCAUCUCCAGUUACACCUUGAAGGGCAACAAUUUGUUUCUUUCAGAAAUGAUACAGAUAUACAUACAAUUGUUAACAAUCCAAUGAUUUAA